UGAGCUCCAACUAAAAAUCAGUAGCUGUGCAUUUAAUUCUGGUCCUACCUUGCAAGGCUGUAGAUAGUAUUCAGCAUCCUUGCAAUCACUUUGUUUUCAGAGACGGGUGUUGUUGGUUUUUUGUUUUUCCUUUUUUUUAAAACACUCCUUUGGUCCAUCCCCUUCAUAAGCCCUUGCAGAGAAUCAGUGGCUGUGUGGAGAAGCAAAUAAUAAAAGUGCAGUGGCUGAAUCCUAGAGAAUGGAUGGUGUCAGCAGCAACAGGACCAUGUCCUACAGUAGAUGGAGUUAUGACAGUGUUUUAGAUGAUGAGGGCAGCAGUCUGCGUCAACAAAAGCUUGAUAGACAGCGAGCAUUGUUAGAACAGAAGCAGAAAAAAAAGCGCCAGGAGCCACUAAUGGUUCAGUCCAAUGUGGACAGCCGCACUAGAACACGCAGAACGAAACAUUCAGAGGAACAAGCGCCGUUGGUUGAAUCCUAUCUUAACAGCAACAGCAGCACCAUUUACCAUGUUCAGGAGGCCGAGCAGGAAGAUGUAAAGGUGGUAGCAGAUGCUCAAGCUCCAAAAUCGACUAAAAAAACCAAGGCAGCAGCUGCAAGCUGUCAAACUGGCAGCACCAGAAAGGAGAAAAAGGGGAAACACAAAGGAAUUGAUGGCCCGGCUGCUUUUCAAGAUGAGGUUAAGGAGAUAGGAAGCCAAAUUCAGAUUCUUACAGUUGGACAGUCUAACCAUGAUGAGGAUGAUGGAGAGAUGACAGCUAGUGGCCAGCAACAAAGCAAGCAGGACCUUAGAGCAACAAUGCAGAAAAAGGAUCCCCAUGCAAAUACAUCCUGGUCCACUUCCACCUCCCAGUCCAGUCUUGUGGCCCUGGAUCAUGCUCCAGGUAUUUCCAGCAGCAUGAAUUUUGAUGAAGAAGAAGAUGAAGAGGAUGAAGACAGUUCAAGUUCCUCCCAGUUAAACAGUAACACCCGGCCUGGUUCUGCAACAAGCAAAAAAUCGAACAAGGAAGCAGCCUCAGCACCCAGCCCUUCCACAAAUGAAGCUGUCAUAGAUGUCGAUGAUCUGGAAGAAUUUGCUGUCAGACCCGCUCCUCAGGGCGUCACAGUCAAAUGCCGAAUCACAAGAGACAAGAAGGGAAUGGAUCGAGGAAUGUACCCCACUUAUUACCUCCACUUGGAAAGGGAGGACGGUAAAAAGGUAUUUCUAUUAGCUGGAAGGAAACGAAAGAAGAGCAAAACCUCUAAUUACCUCAUCUCCAUAGACCCAACUGACCUGUCUCGUGGUGGAGAGAGUUUCAUUGGAAAACUAAGAUCAAAUCUUAUGGGAACUAAGUUUACAGUAUAUGACAGUGGCGUAAAUCCAAUGAAAACAACAUCAAGCCUAGAAGCAAGUAACCUGCGUCAGGAGCUAGCUGCUAUUUGUUAUGAAACAAAUGUCUUGGGCUUCAAAGGACCUCGCAAAAUGAGUGUGAUCAUACCAGGCAUGAAUAUGGACCAUGAAAGAGUUUCUAUCAGGCCACGAAACGAACAUGAAACGCUUCUCGCAAGAUGGCAGAACAAAAAUACAGAGAGCGUCAUUGAACUGCACAACAAGACUCCAGUCUGGAAUGAUGACACCCAGUCUUAUGUUUUAAAUUUCCAUGGUCGAGUCACACAAGCCUCAGUGAAAAACUUCCAAAUUAUUCACGAUAAUGAUCCUGACUAUAUAGUCAUGCAGUUUGGCCGUGUGGCUGAGGAUGUAUUCACCAUGGACUACAACUAUCCAAUGUGUGCACUACAAGCAUUUGCCAUUGCUCUCUCCAGCUUUGACAGCAAACUGGCUUGUGAAUAAACAAGAGUGGUAAAGUAUUCACACAGCUGAAGCAGUAUGCCACAAAGGGAAAACAGGAUUCCAAGUACUUGCUGGUGACAUUUGGGGUUCAUGCUAAAAAGGCCAGGGAAAGUACAUUUUUGGAAGGACCAUGGGAUUGUUGUGAAGAAAAAUUAUGUGAAUCUUUUAAAAAUUCAGGACAUUCAGGAAAUAUUGGGGGUUUUUUCUGUUUAUAUAUUUUUCUGGAAGUGGCAUCAAGUUUCUGUAAAUAGAAGUCCAUUCUAACAUUCUCAGUUAUGUUAUGGAGAUGUGCCAUGAUGUACUGUACCUUGGCUCAUGUAGCACCAUUAGAAGUGGUGUGUCUUUUUCUAAAUCCAGAAAGCUAUCUCAAAAAAAGAAAAAAAAAUUGUUUUUACAUUUAAGAAGCAUUUGGAGGCUGUAAUCAUACCUCAAGAUUAAUUUAUUCCAUUGAAUACUUUGAGCUUCACAUCACCCAACAUAGAAGAAAGAUCACCAAAAAAGAUGCACUUUUUGAAUUUGCAAGGAUCUCAUGUAGUACAAAGCCAAGUCUGAGAGUAGAAAGCCUGUGCUGGACUGAACUUGAUUUGUUACUAUUUAUGUAAAGGGGCAUGGUGAAUUGUAAUUACAGUUGGGGAAAAAAGAAAAGUAGAAAGCACAAAAUAAUGUUGCACAAGUCACUUGAAUUUUAAGGAAUCAUUUCAUGUUUUAACAUCUUCAUGCUUUUAAUUUCUGUCUCAAAUAUAAAUGUAUUGGAAUUACAGAAAAUGAGUGUAAGCCUGAAUACCAGCAGAACACAACUUUAAACUCAGUUUGGCAUGUUGGAUGUUGGAAACUAUAUUCUUCUAUCACUGUAGCAGUUCAGAUGCAUAUUUUGUGUCAAGUGAUAUACAUAGUUGGAUAAAGGUCUCUUCCCAGAGAUGCAUCAUUUUAAACCAGUUGUUCAUUUGGCAGAGGAAGGAAGUGCAAAUAUUAUAUUAAAUCUGUUUGGCCUUUUGUGAUUUUAAAUUUUGCUGGUUGAGUUUUGUCAAACGUUCGGUGACAACCAAUCUCCAUAUUUAUUUCCCUUUGUAAGAAUGCUUGAAACCUAUUGAAACUGUAUGUCACUUUAUAAUGUCAAAGUGCCAGCUACUGAGCAACAUGCUUCUAGGCAGAUAUUGUGUACGUUAUGUACAAAAUAGGUACACGCAGGGUAUUCAACUAGCUUAAAAUAGCAUUUUCUUCUGUUUCACCUUUUCUAAUGGGUCUGGAAUAUAUAAGCAAAUUUUGUUCCAAAACAUAAGCUCUGUGCACACGAUUUUCUGGUAUUUUAAACAUUUCAAAUUUCAUCCAGGCAGAGACUUUAACUGUGAGCAAUGCAUAAACCCCCUUAAGAGUAAUGGAGAUUGAGUCUCUCCCUUCCUUUGUGCCAUUCAAAAAAUAGUACCCCAAACUGACACACAACUAAUAGGAUUUAUAUACAGUUCAUCAAAAGAACAUUAAAAAUGUGAAUAACAUGUAAAAGAAACAGCCACAUUUUAUACUAUGCUUAUUACAAACCCUUUUCCUAUCCUGUAUAGCAUCUCUACAUUGCACAACCAAAGAUUAUAUAAUGAGAAAAUGUGAUCAAAUCUGCUUGUCUCACAGCCUGCAGUCCUUUUAUAACUUCAAGAGACAGGCCAGGAAGACAGGUUGUGCCAUUUGGACAGUAUGAUUUCAACUAAUAAAAGAAAUACGUUUGAUUCUGUGCAUUUGCCUUCAGGUCUCCAAAAGUGGGGGCAAAGAAAUUUCAGCAGACAAAUGUACUUGCUGUGGGAUUAUUAUAUCUUGAUAUUCAGCUUUGUUUGAAAGCCUCAGCUUUGUUUUUUGGGAGGAAAGGGGGGGAAAGAGAUGAAAAAUAAAAAAAAAUCAGCAACCCUUUUUAAAUGUCAGUGAAGUUAAUGGAAAAAAGCCUCCUGGUUUUUAUAGUUGUUUGCUUGAUGGGUCCAACUAUCAGAUACUUUGUUUAAAUCACAGUUUUCCCUUUGUCUUUGUUUUUUUGGCCAACCCCCCCCUCCCCCCCCCCCAGUUUCUUAUUAUAGUAUAAAAUAAGAAACUAUCUCCUAAUUUAAGAGGAAUGUACUGUCCAUUCCUACAGUGGAUGAUAACGAGCCAUUUCUUGCAGUUUUCAUUACUCAGCACUUUGCUCAUGUAAGACUACAGCAAAUGGGUGCCUUAUUCUCUGCAUUUGUCAGUGAGUUCUAUACCACCUGCCUCUUUCUCAGCCGCUGUCCAUUAUGUGACUCUGAAUUUUAACAAAUA